AUGCAGCACCCCGUCAUCGUGGUCGGCGCGGGCCUCGCCGGCCUGACAGCCUCCUUCUCCGCCCUCCGCGCCGGCUCGCCCGUCAUCCUCCUCGAGCGAGCCGCCGCCGCCGGAGGCAACAGCAUCAAGGCCUCCUCGGGCAUCAACGGCGCCCCCACCGUCUACCAGUCGGGCCCCGUCCCCGACACCUUCUUCUACGACGACACGAUCCGCAGCGCUGGCUCGCGCAUGUACUCGGCGGAGAGGUCCCAGCGCGAGACCCUCAUAGCGCAGCUGACGAACCGCUCCGCCGCUGCCAUUGACUUCCUCGUCGAUGAUAUUGGUGUCGACCUGAGUGUCGUGUCCCUCAUGGGCGGGCACUCGGUGGCGCGGACGCACCGCGGCGGUGGGGGCAGUCCGCCCGGCUGGUCCAUCGUCAAGGCCAUGCUGGAUUCCCUAAAGCGAGACGUGCGGUUCCAGCUGCGCACCGAGCACGAGGUCACGCAGCUCCUGACCUCCCCACUGAGUGGCGACGACGAUGACGGCCCCGCCACCGUGACGGGCGUAGAGGUCGCCCAUCAAGGCGAGACGACGCGGCUCGACGGCCCCGUCGUCUUCACCACGGGCGGCUUCGCGGGCGACGCCGACGGCCUGCUCGCGCGGUACAGGCCCGACCUGGCCGGGUGUCCGACCACCAACAGCCCGCGGCCGGGUAUGCACGGCCUCCUGACGGCGGUGGGCGCCGAGCUCGUCGACAUGGAGAGCGUGCAGAUCCACCCCACGGGCUUCGUCGACCCGGCGAACCCCAACAAGCCGGGCAAGAUCCUCGCGGCCGAGAUGCUCCGCGGCGAAGGCGGCAUCCUGCUGCACAAGGGCCGGCGGUUCGUCAACGAGAUGGGCACGCGCGAAAACGUCAGCGACACCAUCAUGAAGCUGCCCCUGGACCGGGCGCCGCUGAAGACGGGCGGGAGCGCCACGCCGCGGCAGUGGGACGUCCAGCUGCUGCUCGACCCGGGGGCCUUUGUCCGCACCAAGCCCAACGUCAACUUCUACCUGAGCAAGGGCCUCAUGGCUAAGCACAAAGUGAAAGACCUCGACGAGGUGACGCGCGAGACGCUCAGGGAGUACGCGGGCGUCGUCGCGGGCCAGCGGCAGGACAGCCUCGGCCGGAAGGCGUUUGGGCACUGGACGCUCAAGUGGGAGGACGGCGUCGGCGACGAGGCCGAGGUAUAUGUCGGGCGCGUCACGCCCGUGGUGCACUUCACCAUGGGCGGCGCCGUCAUCGACGAGCGGAGCCGUGUCCUGGCGUCAACGCUGAGCGCGCCUGUCCCGCGCCCGGUGAAAGGGCUGUGGGCGGCCGGCGAGAUCACGGGCGGCAUCCACGGCGACAACCGGCUCGGCGGCUCGUCCCUGCUCGAGUGCGUCGUCUACGGCCUCGUCGCCGGCGAGGAGGCGAGCAAGCACGCCAAGACGCUCGACGUCGCCGAGCGAGUGGCUUCGUCGUCGUCUUCCUCCUCCUCCCAGAGCAAGGAGCCCUCGGGUGUGGACUGGACAGACUUGUAG